AAGGAGAAGAAAAGUACUGCGAAAAAGUUUGUUUCAAACAUACAAAUUGGUCACAACGUCAACCGUUGUUAGCCAAAUUGCAAAUAAUCGCUCAGCGUGCAUGUAUUUUGCUACAAAAGGAAUAAAAUUGACUUGUGUGCCUCGCAAAUUGAAAUACAUUUUUUCCCUGUCUGGACAAAAACGUUGUAGUCUUUUUACUCGUUUUGCGCUUGUCGUUUUCCACGCUGCUUCUUGGGAAUCGUAGGUUGCAACGCUUUUCUAAAACUAGUCACUUAACACAAAUGCAAGUGACUUCCUACUAUGAGAUGCUUGGGAUGAGUAACAGAGUCAAUCCAACCAACCAACCAGCAGCUGCCAGCUACCACAGAUUUCAUCACUGACGCGCCUUCCCCCCUCGUUUUAGCCGGAGGAGCAAGCUAAAAUCAAUCAAAAUUAACGCGGACACAGCUUCUGCUGGUGCUGCUGCUGCUGAGCGACGCAGACGCGAACGCUGCUUUUACUACAAAGCGAUGGCGAUGUUGAGCUCCGAUGAGGCGAGCAAGCUGCUCGACUUCAACCAAAAGCUGGACAUUAAUCUGCUCGAUAAGAUUGUUGAGGCGCUCUAUUCAUCGCAGGGUGAGCAGCUGCGACUGGCGCAGGACAUACUUACCACACUGAAGGAGCAUCCCGAGGCCUGGACGCGUGUCGACAGCAUACUCGAAUAUUCACAGAAUCAGCAAACCAAGUUCUAUGCGCUUCAAAUACUCGAAGAGGUGAUCAAGACACGCUGGAAGGUGCUGCCGCGAAAUCAGUGCGAGGGUAUCAAAAAGUAUGUGGUCAGCCUAAUCAUAAAAACAUCCUCAGAUCCGGUCAUCAUGGAGCAGAACAAAGUAUAUUUGAAUAAGCUGAACAUGAUUCUGGUGCAGAUACUGAAGCGAGAAUGGCCACGCAACUGGGAGACGUUUAUUAGCGAUAUUGUGGGCGCUUCCAAAACAAACGAAAGCCUGUGCAUGAACAAUAUGGUUAUUCUGAAGAAUCUUAGCGAAGAGGUCUUUGAUUUCUCGCUGGGGCAGAUAACGCAAACGAAGGCCAAGCAUUUAAAGGAUACGAUGUGCUCGGAGUUUUCGCAGAUUUUUACCCUCUGUUCGUUUGUCCUGGAGAAUUCGAUGAAUGCAGCACUGAUACAGGUCACGCUGGAGACGCUGCUGCGUUUUCUCAACUGGAUACCAUUGGGCUACAUAUUCGAGACGACGCUUAUAGAGACUUUGAUCUUUAAGUUUCUCAGCGUUCCAAUGUUUCGCAAUGUGACCCUGAAGUGCCUGUCCGAAAUUGCCGGCCUAACGGCAGCCAAUUACAACGAUAACUUUGCGACGCUAUUCAAGGACACAAUGGUGCAGUUGGACCAGAUAAUUGGCCAGAAUAUGAAUAUGAAUCAUGUGUUCCAGUGCGGCACCGAUACGGAACAGGAGCUUGUGCUUAAUCUGGCCAUGUUCCUCUGUACGUUCCUCAAAGAACAUGGAAAGCUAGUCGAGGAUGCCAAGUAUGUGGAUUAUCUGAAUCAGGCGCUUAUGUAUUUAGUUAUGAUCAGUGAGGUCGACGACGUUGAAGUAUUUAAGAUUUGUCUGGAAUACUGGAAUAGCCUUGUUGAGAAUUUGUACAACACCGAAUUCUUUCAUCCCACGCUCGAGUCUUCAAAGCGACAGCAGGUUUAUCCCCGUCGUCGAUUCUACGCCACCAUAUUAUCCAAGGUUCGCUUCAUCAUGAUUUCACGCAUGGCUAAGCCAGAAGAAGUUCUAGUUGUCGAGAACGAGAAUGGUGAAGUGGUUCGUGAAUUCAUGAAGGAUACCAAUUCGAUUAAUUUGUACAAAAAUAUGAGAGAGACUUUAGUAUUCCUCACUCAUUUGGAUUGUGCGGAUACUGAUCGCAUCAUGACCCUCAAAUUAUUAAACCAAGUCAAUGGCACUGAAUUCUCCUGGAAAAAUCUCAACACUCUUUGCUGGGCCAUUGGCUCAAUAUCGGGUGCCUUCUGCGAGGAGGAUGAAAAGCGAUUUUUGGUUACUGUCAUUAAGGAUCUACUUGGGCUCUGUGAGCAGAAAAAGGGCAAGGACAAUAAGGCGAUCAUUGCCUCCAAUAUUAUGUAUGUGGUCGGACAGUAUCCUCGUUUUCUGCGCGCUCACUGGAAAUUCCUAAAGACGGUGGUGAACAAACUAUUUGAAUUUAUGCAUGAAACGCACGACGGAGUGCAGGACAUGGCUUGUGACACGUUCAUCAAGAUAGCAAUCAAGUGUCGUCGCUAUUUUGUCACAAUACAGCCAAAUGAGGCAUGUACCUUCAUUGACGAGAUACUGAGCACUAUGAGCAGCAUUAUAUGUGAUCUACAGCCACAACAGGUGCAUACAUUCUAUGAGGCGGUUGGUUAUAUGAUAUCGGCACAAGUAGAUCAGGUGCAGCAGGAUGCGCUUAUCGAACGUUAUAUGCUGCUGCCAAAUCAGGUCUGGGACGAUAUUAUAUCACGGGCAUCAAAAAAUGUAGACUUUCUGAAAAAUAUGACAGCAGUUAAGCAGCUAGGCAGCAUAUUGAAGACAAAUGUGGCCGCAUGCAAGGCACUGGGCCACGCCUAUGUCAUUCAACUGGGUCGCAUAUAUCUGGACAUGCUAAAUGUGUACAAGAUCACAUCGGAAAACAUCAUACAGGCCAUCGAAGUGAAUGGCGUCAAUGUGAACAAUCAGCCGCUGAUCAAAUCAAUGCACGUUGUGAAGAAGGAGACGCUCAAUUUGAUAGCUGAAUGGGUGUCGCGCUCCAAUGACAAUCAGUUAGUUAUGGAUAACUUUAUACCGCCCUUACUGGAUGCUAUCUUGAUGGAUUACCAGCGGUGUAAAGUUCCGUCCGCGCGCGAACCAAAAGUUCUGAACGCGAUGGCGACGAUUGUAAACAAACUGCGCCAGCAUAUCACGAAUGAAGUACCAAAAAUCUUUGAUGCUGUAUUUGAAUGCACGCUGGACAUGAUCAAUAAGAAUUUCGAAGAUUUUCCGCAGCAUCGGUUCAGUUUCUAUGAGCUGCUGCAAGCGGUUAAUGCGCACUGCUUCAAGGCGUUCCUCAACAUACCGCCGGCCCAGUUUAAAUUGGUUUUCGACUCUGUGGUAUGGGCCUUCAAGCACACAAUGCGCAAUGUGGCCGACAUGGGCUUGAAUAUACUAUACAAGAUGCUGCAGAACCUUGAACAACAUCCAAAUGCGGCGCAGAGUUUCUAUCAGACCUACUUUACGGAUAUUCUGAUGCAAAUCUUCUCAGUAGUCACUGACACUUCCCAUACAGCGGGCCUGCCUAACCAUGCUAUAAUAUUGGCUUAUAUGUUUUCGUUGGUGGAAAAUAGAAAAAUAACGGUUGAUUUGGGUCCCAUACCGGACAAUAUGAUAUUCAUACAGGAAUAUGUGGCCUCAUUGCUAAAGUCGGCAUUUAAUCAUUUAUCAGAUAAUCAGAUCAAAGUCUUUGUUACUGGCCUUUUCAAUUUGGACGAGAAUGUACAAGCAUUUAAGGAGCACUUGAGAGACUUUCUAAUACAAAUUCGCGAGGCGACCGGCGAGGAUGAUUCGGAUUUGUAUCUGGAGGAACGUGAAGCAGCAUUGGCUGAGGAGCAGUCAAAUAAGCGUCAAAUGCAACGUAAUAUUCCGGGCAUGUUAAAUCCGCACGAAUUGCCAGAGGAUAUGCAGGAUGAAUAGAAUAUGCCGAGUAGCUGCUUGCGUGUUAGUUGAAGCUUGAGAAUGCUGAUGAUAAUGAUGAUGAUUGAUGAUUGAAAAUGAUGUAUGAGUGUUUUCUCGUUUGGAGAAAAAGUAUAAAUGUUUGUUUGAUUGAAUGCAUAUGAGUAUAAACGUUAUAUAUAUAUACAAACACACACCACACACACACACACACCCGCACACACAUACGCAUCUACAUGCUGACAGUUGGGUUUCUGUUGAAUAAAGUUAAAUGAUACGAGCAAAUUAAGCGGUUGAUGUGCGCAAUUGCAUACCUUAAUAUGAUUAACAUAUUUUUGCGUACUUGCCGCCAGCAAACCGACAACAAAACCACGCACCACUCCCUACCCCCAAAACUUAGCUGUAAAACAUCGUCGUCUACAUUAAAAAGCAAACGAAAGAUGAAAACUUUAUACAUACAUAACUACUAAAUACAUAUAAUAAUAAUAAUAAUGUUUGUUUGAAAUUUUUAAAUGAGUAUAAUUGUAGAAAUAUUGUGUGUGAAUGAAAACGAGCGAACACAUGCCCCAUACUCCUUUCCACAUUCAAACGAAAGGAACAAGUAAUAUUAAAGUAAAGUUAAUUGUAGUUCGCCCACAACACAUCAAGAAAAUGAUAAAUGAGUAAUUGAUUCUAUGUAUACACUUGCAUAAACCCAAUCAAAUAAUUAUGUACAUGUAUGUAAUGUGCGUUAAAUAAACUUUCAACACGAAAACAUACACACAACAAACACACUCACUUGCAAAAAUAUAAAAACAAAAAAAAAUAUAAACAAAAACAACAAAAAAAAACCAACUCCAUAGAAAUUUGUAUGCGUAUGAUUGAUUGAUGAAGAUGUUUAAAUUUUUACAUUUAAAUUAGUUUGUACAAUAAUUUAAAUAAAAAUCAAUUAAAAACACAAAGGUCAUAUCUCUAUGUACGAAUGUGUGUGUGUUUAGCGGGGACCGGAGAGAAUGAUUAUUAAAAGCAGAUAUUUGACUAAAACAAGAUCAGAGCAUUUUGCAAUUGAAUUUGAAUAGAGCACGUAUCUUAUUUGUUUAGUUCUUUUUCACAUUUAUACAUAGUUAAAAGCUCCAAAAUAAUAUAUUAAACAACGUGACUAAAAUUGUUUUUUAUUUUAACUAAAAAAAGUAAAGAUUAAUUUUUUUAUAUUUAUAACUCAAAAAUUAUAAUUAUUUUUAUAAAUAAAAUGCAAAACUGAAGCUUA